AUGGAUCCUUUGCAGUCUCUCGUCUCCUCAAAGUCUUCGGACUCGGGGCUUCAUAUUCUGCUUCACCCUCUGGUUCUUCUCACCAUCUCCGACCACAUCACCCGCCAUGCAGUACGUCAACAGCAAGGUCCAAUCAUUGGGGCUCUGCUUGGCCAACAAAAUGGACGGGAGAUAACCCUGGAGCAAGUGUUUGAAUGCCCAGUCACCAUAGGGGAGAAUGGAGAAGUCCUUCUACCCUCAACAUGGUUCGAAGAGCGACUGAAGCAGUUCAAAGACGUUCACAAAGACCCCGCUCUCGACCUUGUGGGAUGGUGGUCAACUGCACCCCCAUCCGGGCCUGAUACCUCCCACCUCCCUCUUCACAAACAGAUCCUCCAAGACCACAACGAGUCGGCCGUCUUUCUCGCUUUCCACCCAUCACAGGUCCAAUCGAGGACACACGGCGCUAAGCUUCCAUUAACAAUCUACGAGACCGUGCUCGAAGGCGAAAAUGUUUCCGACGCGACAAAGGACAUGCAAAUCGAUGGCGAGGAGCCAACACCGAACAUCCGCUUCCGCGAACUACCGUAUUCCGUAGAGACGGAGGAGGCUGAAAUGAUCGGUGUUGAUACCAUCGCGCAAACUGCCGGAACAGCUUCCCGGAGCGAGAUCCCAAGUCAGGGUACCAGCGCUCCUGAUGGCCAGAAAUCAAAGGAUAAAGAACAAAAGAGCACACAGGCUGAGCUAACACAAGAGGAAGAAGAGCUGAUCGCAAAUCUUAAUACCCGCCUCAAUGCCGUCCGUACCCUCGAAUCCCGUAUCUCCCUCAUCAAAUCCUACGUCUCCAGCAUCUACGCCCUCGAAUCAUCAGCAGCAGCGAACGACGACCCAAGCAGCCCAAGGCUAUCUCACCCCAUCAUCCGCAACAUCAACUCUCUCAUCUCACACCUCUCCAUUCUCUCCCCUAACGAACAAAGCCCCUUCUCGACCGAGGCACUGUCCCAAAGCAAUGAUGUCAUGCUAGUCUCCCUGCUCGGUCAAUUGGGCGAAAGCGUCAAGGCCAUGCGCGAGCUGGGUCGCAAGUCGGCUAUUGUGCAAUCUGCGCGCGGUGGCGCAAAUACGCGCAAGCAACCCGGUCUCGCGGCGAGAACGUUUGAGGAUGAGCUAUUUGCUCAUGGCGUUCCUACGGGUCCAGAGACGGCAAGGAUGUAUUCUUGA